GGGGCUUUUUCGAAGCAAGCGAAAACGGUCACAAAACGCGUAACGACGGGGAACGUUUCCCUGAGGAUUUUUGGAUUCAUUUUCUACACCUCUAUUUUACACAACUAUUGCACCACCGAGUGCAUACCAUCUGCACGUGCACGUUGGCGAUGAACAGCUCGCGAAAUAGAGGCGAACAGUGUGUUGAAUUCCCAUCCAAAUUAGCGUCUCAAUUGUGAUAUCGGAAGAGGCAGAAAAUGGUUGCAUUCGGUUCGCCUGCUGCUGUUGCUGCUGCUACGCCACCGAACAGCAGCUGCCGUUAAUGUAUGUGUGUGUGUGUGCGUGCAUGUUUUGCGUGAAUCCGAGAAUCGGAAGCAAAUUGGCCGUUCCGUCGUGCGAAAGAACGUCACAGCACGUGAAAAGUUUGCUCCGAGCCAACCGAGGCAAAUCGUGUUGCAAUCGAGUACGACGACGAAGCGCAACUCCCCGCGUGUGUGUCUGUGCUGUUCCGUGUGUGUAGCUGUGCGUGUGCGUGUUUACUGUUUCGUGUACGCCCGUCGAGUGUACCGCGUGCUGCUGCUGCCGUACUGGGCUGUAAUCAACCUCCCAUCUUAUCAGAGUCUAGUCAGCGAAACCGGGGUGGAAAAUAGGCCGGAAAAACGUUUGAAACUGCAGUUCUGUUUGUUUAUGUUUGUAUAGUGCAACGCGCCGAGUUUGUACAACUGUUUUUGUAUUAUGUCGUUUUUUUUUGUUUUUUUUUAACGAAAAUAUCCCGAGCUCUGAGCUAAGAAGUUUCUGACGUACAUCCCAACGCCACCAGUGCCAGUGGGGGGGCGCAUCAACAGCACAUCCAAAUUGAAUAAAAACGGUCCGUGGAUCUGUGUUUUCGGACAAGUGCCUCGAACAAUUCGAACAACGCAAAGAGGGACCGCUUCCAGCUCCAGCAGUCCUUUCCCUCGGAGGGUCCACAAAUAGACCUACAGAACGUAAACACGGUGUAGAGUGGAUUCGCCCUCCUUGGAAAAGCGCCCUUUUGCCGUACCGCAUACACAUAAACACACGGACACGCACACCCCGAGGGGUGAAAAGCGAACGGUGCGACCCUCUCGUCUAUGUCACCGGGACGGAUUUCGAAUCAAGCUCGCUUCCUGCGGGACGAUUAGUUAGUCUGUUCCCCCAUUCUAUAUUUUCCCCCUUUUGCUUGGGAGAAGAUCCCGAAAAGGAAGCUGCCGGCGGAAAAAAAUAGCAAAAACCACCUUAUGCUGCGUGCGCCUGUCAAUUGAAAUGUGUAUGUGUGUGAGUGUGUGUUGUUAAAGGUGUGUGCGCAUGCAUAGUGCGCUAGUUGUGCGUUAUCAAUUAUCCGGCUAACAGAAAAAAGCAACAAAAAAAGAUAAAAAAUAGAGUUAUGCAAAUGUGAACGCGUUCCAAGUGUGUGUGUGUGUUUGUACCGCUGUGUCUGAGUGUAUGUGUGUGAGUGGGAAAAUAAAAGAAAAACGAAAAAUAAAUAAAAGAAGAGUGCCCUUCACACGUGCGAUCAAGUCCUGCGCGAGUGAGUAACAGAGAAGGAGAGUGAAAGAGAGAGAGAGCGAGAGAGCGCGUGAAGCUUAGAAGCACCCUUGCGCUAGGAACCAUCACUGUAGCAUACCCACCCCAGGAAAGUGACGGUGUAGUAUUGCGUUGCCUAGGUGAGGUAGGCUGGCUGGUGGGAUAAAAAGGGGAAGGGACACCGGGUACAGGGCCGGGCGCCACAACCACUCAGCACUGCUCGCCCUCCUGCUUCGUGUAAGCGUGAGCGGAAACAAAACAUCUGCCGUGGAAAUAAUUAUUACAGCCAACACACGGCAUAUGCGCUGUGCUGCAUACAUGUGUGUGUAGCGAGAAAAGGAUAACAGGAUCACACACACACAUACAGAUACACCUAGCAACGUGUGCGAGGGAGAUCGAAGAUAGCGCGGUGUUUCGGCAGCACCGCAUCAUCCCGUUUCGGAAGUUCGGAUCCCUACUCUCUUAUUGACGGCAGGCAGGGCCCUUAAAUUCUCAUCCCUCGGGUGUUGCUCCGAGACAAGAUCCGAGUGUCCAGGGUGUGCCAAGGAUCGCUGUAUCCUUGUGUUUGACGAGUUGAUUGAACUUUCCAUCAAGCAGCCAACCAUGUCGGGAACGAUGGACACUUCAGAUGAUGAUAAUUCGGAACACUCGCAGGGCGACAAGUCCGCGAAAUCGCGCUGGACAAAGCAUGAGGACGCCGCCCUGAAACAGCUGGUGGAACAGUACGGUGAACGGUGGGAUAUCAUCUCGCGGUUGCUCAAGGAUCGUACCGACGUACAGUGCCAGCAGCGAUGGACGAAAGUCGUCAAUCCGGACCUUAUCAAGGGACCAUGGACAAAGGAGGAGGAUGACAAAGUGGUGGCCCUGGUCACAAAGUACGGACCGAAGAAAUGGACGCUCAUCGCGCGGCAUCUACGCGGUCGCAUCGGCAAACAGUGCCGCGAGCGAUGGCACAACCAUCUCAACCCGAACAUCAAAAAGACCGCCUGGACGGACGAGGAAGAUCAGCUCAUCUACGAGGCGCACAAGCAGUACGGCAACCAGUGGGCCAAGAUCGCGAAGCUACUGCCCGGCCGAACGGACAAUGCGAUCAAAAAUCACUGGAACUCGACGAUGCGCCGCAAGUACGAAGGGCCCGAUGCAAGCAGGCGCCGCGUCAAGCUUAUGUCUAUGUCCCAGUCGAACCAACCACAGCAGCUGCUGCACCACGACUAUCAACAGUCGAGCGGUGCACCGAACGUGGCGGCGGACCUGGACGAGACGGUCGGUGAACCGAAACCGAAACGCUACCCACCCCACGAAAGCCUGCAGAACAUUAUCCGCAACAGUCGCAAAAAACCGUCGAUCGAUGAGCACAAGUUUCGGGACGAAAUUCCGCUCGAGGAGGGCGGCCAGAUCGAUGAUAAGGUGGCGGUAUCGACGGAGCAGGGCGAUUUCGUGAUACGUCCGCUGCCGGAUCGGGAAAAGCAGUAUCUGAUCGAGCCGGUGUAUCCGACGCGGCUCAACAUGAAGUUUUUCAACGAAUGCAGUGUGGCCAACAACAACAAUAACAACAACACCCUUACCGAUGUGACACAGCAGAGCACCGUGGGGGGUGGUGGUGGUGGCGCCGGGUAUCCGAUGGCGGUCGGUGAUCAGCAAUAUCUGCCGGCCAACAUCGAUCUGCACGAGCUGAUCAAUGCGACGCGGAACGACAGCAGCGAUUCGGCGGACCAUUCGGCGGAACGGGGAAAGGGAAGGGCACCGGGUACGCCAAACAUUCUGCGGCGUAAGCGGAAGUUAAAGGAUGAUCAAGAGAUGCACGAGCUGCUAUCGAUGCAGGAGCACUAUGCCGAGGGGCAGCAGGGUGGUAAUGGGGUGGCACAGGCGGGCGGCAAUGCACUGGUGGGCGUCAGCGGCCAGGACGGUAACGGGUAUCAUCGCGCGGAUAGAAUGCACCCACUGUCCCCGUCCAUUACGCCCAUCAAGCCGCUACCCUUCUCACCGAGCCAGUUCUUGAACUCGCCCAGCCUGAACGUGUCCUUCGAUCAGCUUCCCGCCAGCACGCCCGUCAAACGAGCAGCAAUUAAAAACGACACUAGUCUCUUAAGCACCCCCGUUCCAGUGAAGGAUGUGUCGGUAAAGGCGGAAGCGAAAGCGGAAACGGCCGAACCGAAGCCGGCGGAAACCGAGGAUGAUGCAAAAAUUAAAACACCCCUCAAGGAAGGUGCCAAGAUGCUGCCGAUCGAACCGCGCACGCCGACCCCGUUCAAGAACGCGAUGGCUGAGCUGGGAAAACGACGCUCCGAAAUCUAUGUACCUCCAAGCCCUGCCCGCAUCGGUGAGGACAUUGCCGAGAUAAUGAACCAGGAGCAGGCGAAGAAAAACUCAGCCGAAUCAUCGUCCACGCUCGCGAGCGGCAGCGACCUUUCGGCGGCCGGUAACAAAACGGCCAUCAACAAUGGACCGGCGGUUACGGUGGAUGCGAAGGAAAAUACGAUGCCAUCGCGAAGUGGCCAGCUGCUGUCCCCCCGGGUAGCCAAGAAACCGGUCUCCUCGUCGUCGAUGUUUACCAAUCAGUGGGAAAAUUCCGACAUGAGCUUUUUCGCCGAAACGCCGAGCAAAUCCCUUAUCUCGGACUCGGGUGUGACACUGUCACCAUCCUUACGCGAGCAGCUCCUGCUCGACGGUAGCGGAGAUGCGAAGGAUCCGAACAACAAGUCCGCCACAAACUCCCCGGUGCUGGUCGACCCCAAGUGGGAAAAGUAUGCGUGCGGCAAAACGCGCGAUCAUAUGAUCGUGUCGCAGCAGGCACACGGCUGCCUGAAAAAGACAUCGCUUCAGCCACGAUCGUUAAACUUUUACAAAUAGAGAGGAUGUCGUCGGCCCGCGCACGCACUGUGAACAACCAGUGCGUGUGUGUGUGUCCUCCCCUUUGUGCAAAAGCAAUCCAUUUGCUCGUAACCACUAGUGAAGUAAGCCAGCGCGCGCGUGCGUGCGUGCGUGCGUGUGUGUGUGGUAGGUCUUAUUUUUAUACGGUUUUAUCUUUAUGUUGGAUUAGUUUACAAAUAAUGCACACGGAGAACCCUCUUACGCAAACUCCCCGUUUGAGUUUUCGUAGAGGCAUAGACAGAGAGGAGAGUGGUAGAGAGUAAUAAGCGAAUCAGUGUUUAAUGCGCGUUCAAAACUAACCAAAAAACAUAAGCAACCGCAUCUGUUUCUUAGCUAAGAGGCAUCAUCAGCAGCAAACUAACAUUCUUCCUUAUCGUACAGCAGAAAAAUGGCGCUCGUACCAAGGAACGAUAUACAUAGCUUUCUAUGUAAAGAUUGUAUUUUGGAGCAUUUUAUAUUAGACACACCUUAUGAAUAUAUUUUUUGCUUCUUUUAUUAAAUUCACUUUUGCAAAAGGAAGGAAAAAAACAACGCAAAUAUGGUGUUGGCACCAUUCUAGAUUCCUUAAGCAAUAUGGAAUUCGUUGCGUUAAAGGCCACUCACACAACCACCUCUCCGGGUAGCUUUAGUGCUGUUGAGAAAGUUUUUGACAAACACAGAAUUUACCACUUAAAGUUGCACUUAUUUUUAAAUUUUUGUGUCUUUCGUCAUGUUUCCGAACCGAUUUGACGACCGGAGUGAACCUUAGAAUUCAGUUUUGUUUUUUUUUUUUAGAAUGUUGCAUUAGGAGGAGGAGGAAGGUCGGUUUACGAUGUUGUAUGUUAGGUUUAGGUCAGUUCUCAGGUGAGUCAUAGGGUGAGAACUUCUCCAAUGUACCAUAGCGACCGGGCUCCGGCAGAAGGACCUAUUUUUUUAUAUGCAAAAACCCUCUACUUAGAAGCUACAUCUACACACACACACAAAUAUCGUACUAAUAUAUACAUAUAUACAUAUAUUUGGAGGGUUGCCGUAUACGUUUACAAGAGGAAGGUUUAUUUAAUACAAUUUAUUGUAAAUGUGUUGUGUCGGAA